UCAGCAGCGGUGGGGAAGCCACAACAAUCUGUUCUAACUUUGGCUUCGACAUGAGAAGCUUCACGUUUCUGCUGUUUCUGGGUCUCUUCUCCAACUGGGUGGUGGAGUGCGCCGCCGGUGGAAGUGGCUUCUUCAUGUAUUCCAACUUCUGGUGCGACGUGCACUCCGCCGAGCGGCUGCAGGCGGAGUAUCUGAUCGACUGGUACUUCAACCGGGAGCACACGAUGCGGUACAACAGCACCGUCGGCCACUGGACGGGCCUCAGUCGGGCCGGGUUCAUCACCGCGUCUCACUUCAACGAGGACGACCACGACGUUCUGCAGAGGAAGGUGGAGAGGCAGCUGAUCUGUGUGGACCACGUGGACACGUUACUGAAGGUUAUUGAGGAGAACGUUGUCGAGCCCGCCGUCGAUCUCGCGGAGGCCGCCGGCUCCGGGCCCGACACCAGGCUGCUGUGCGCCGCGUACGACUUCUACCCGAAACGCAUCCGGGUGACGUGGCACCGCGACGGACAGGAGGUGACCUCGGGCGUGACCCUUAGCGAGGCGAUGCCGAACGGGGACUGGACCUAUCAGGUGCGCUCGUACCUGGACUUCGGGCCCGGCCGGCAGCACGGGGUCAGCUGCACGGUGGAGCACAUCAGCCUCAGGGAGCCCAAGGUGUACCACUGGGAACCUUCCGUUAACCGGUCUGAGAGGGGCUUCCUGGUUGGUGGCGUCUGUGCUCUGCUGCUGGGAGCGGUGGUUCUGUCCUCGGGCCUGAUCAAGUACAGGAGGUGGUUCUGUCCUCGGGCCUGAUCAAGUACAGGAGGUGGUUCUGUCCUCGGGCCUGAUCAAGUACAGGAGGUGGUUCCGUCCUUGGGCCUGAUCAAGUACAGGAGGUGGUUCUGUCCUCGGGCCUGAUCAAGUACAGGAGGUGGUUCUGUCCUCGGGCCUGAUCAAGUACAGGAGGUGGUUCCGUCCUCGGGCCUGAUCAAGUACAGGAGGUGGUUCCGUCCUCGGGCCUGAUCAAGUACAGGAGGUGGUUCUGUCCUCGGGCCUGAUCAAGUACAGGAGGUGGUUCUGUCCUCGGGCCUGAUCAAGUACAGGAGGUGGUUCCGUCCUUGGGCCUGAUCAAGUACAGGAGGUGGUUCUGUCCUCGGGCCUGAUCAAGUACAGGAGGUGGUUCCGUCCUUGGGCCUGAUCAAGUACAGGAGGUGGUUCCGUCCUCGGGCCUGAUCAAGUACAGGAGGUGGUUCCGUCCUCGGGCCUGAUCAAGUACAGGAGGUGGUUCCGUCCUCGGGCCUGAUCAAGUACAGGAGGUGGUUCUGUCCUCGGGCCUGAUCAAGUACAGGAGGUGGUUCUGUCCUCGGGCCUGAUCAAGUACAGGAGGUGGUUCUGUCCUCGGGCCUGAUCAAGUACAGGAGGACACAUGCAGACCUGUUUAAGAGGUCAAGAGAAUGUUGUCAACCUGGACCACGUUUUACUCUUGUUCAAUCUAUAUAUAUAUCUAUAGAUAUACAGUAUAUCUAUAGAUAUAUAUGGAUCUCUCUCUCUCUCUAUAUAUAUAGAUCUAUAGAUAGAUAUAGCCUUUAAAGGUCUAAGUAUGUACGAUAUAUUAUCUAUGUAUAUCUAUAUAUCUAUCUAUAUAUCUAUCUAUAGAUAGAUAUAUAUAUAUAUAUAUAUAUAUAUCUAUAGAUAUAUGUUUUAGUAUAAUCUUUGUGUUGUAGCAAUAGAUGCUAAUCGUCGUUAGCAUUUCAUCAUUAACAUCCAUGUUAAAAUUAGCUUAGACUCUUAACUAGUCUUGUUAAUAGAUACUAGUCAUUUGUGGCAUGAUGGCUUCAUGCUAAAUCAUAGUUCUAUAUUCAUGUUUAUGUAUGUGGACAGUGUGUAAAGUCAUGUUAUGUUUCCACAGUUUUACAAAAACAAGAAAGACUCGCACUAAAAACCCUAAACUCUG